AUGGAAGGAGAAUCAAGCAGCUUGGAAACCCAAACUCCCGUUUUCGUGAAGAAAAAGGCUAAGCAUUCUAAACAUAAGGACAGACAUCGGCGGCCUUCCCAGGAGAGUUUCAGAGCCGCCCCGCUGGCAAAUGAGCAGUGUGAUAUAACGAAGCGUAAAAAAAAGAGAAAGAACAGCCAGCAUCUCGUUUCUUCUCCUUUGAAGAAAUCAGAAAUCUGCUAUGAGACUAAAAUGGCCACAUCUAAACCCAAAAAGAAGAAAAAGAGAAGAAAAAGUGCUUUGGGAGUCGACAGGGAAACAGGUGUUGCAUACGUCCUGGUGGAUAAAGAAAAUAUUGAGAACACACCAAAGAAUUUCAGAAGCGAUGUGGAUGUCGUUUACGUUGAUGCAAGCAAGGAGCAGAAGUCGACAGAAUGGCCUGAAGCAGAUGAUCCCCAUUCAGUUGCUAAGCCACGUGAAAACACGUCCGAGGAACUGCAUGGUGAAGUUCGGAAGAAGAAGAAGAAGAAGAGGAAGAAGCAUAAAAAACGUCAGAGGGAAGUUGAAUCCUGGGAUGCUGUCCAGGAAAGUCCGGGUGCAAGCAGUGCCCUGCCCAGGGCAGCCUCCCAGGAGCAGGAACCACAGCCUCAAGUGGACCAAGAAGGGGGAACCGUGCAACUCUCAGCGUCUGCGGGUCACAGCAAGUCCAGGAAAAGAAAGAGGAAGCAUCCAGAUCCCCCAGAAUUCGAAGCCUUGGCUGCGCCCGAGAGGGCUGAGAGCGUGUACUCGGAGGGAUCCCGAGUGGCUGAUGAGGUCAAGACUGCAGGAGGCAGUCAGGACUCCAGCGGCCUCAAGAAAAAGUCUAAGAAAAGGAAGCGAAGAUCUCUUGAGAGCACUGUGGCGUCUGGUGAUUUUUCAGUGCCCGGGAGGAGCUCUGAGGACGCGCCUCUUGAUUCACUGGAAGGUACCUUGAUUGAAGAAAGUGCAAAACCCAGGCCACAAGAGGAGAAUCCCCAGGCCUGUUCCAGAAAGGUGCAGAGGUCAGAACCUACAAAUGAAGACAAAAGCAAUUUGGCUAAAGAAUCCGAAGCUAAAUAUUUAUCUGAAGAUUUGCGAGAUUCCGGAGAUCCGGAGGUGGAGUUGGAGUCUGCCGUGAAGCAGCUGCAGGAAUUCAUCCCCGACAUCAAGGACAGGGCUGCCACCACCAUCAAGCGGAUGUACCGAGAUGACCUGGGGCGGUUUAAAGAAUUCAAAGCCCAGGGUGUCACUAUUAAAUUUGGCAAGUUUUCCGUGAAGGAAAAUAAGCAGUUGGAGAGGAAUGUGCAAGAAUUCCUGUCCCUGACAGGAAUCGAGAAUGCAGAUAAGCUGCUGUACACAGACAGAUACCCGGAGGAGAAGUCUGUGAUCACCGACUUAAAGAGGAAAUACGCGUUCAGAGUGCACAUUGGUAAAGGCAUUGCCCGGCCCUGGAAACUUGUAUAUUAUCGAGCAAAGAAGAUGUUUGAUGUCAAUAAUUACAAAGGCAGGUACAGCAAAGGAGAUACCGAGAAAUUGAAGAUAUACCAGUCCCUGCACGGGAACGACUGGAAGAAGAUUGGUGAGAUGGUGUCUCGAAGCAGUCUCUCCGUGGCCCUGAAGUUCUCCCAGAUCAGCGGUCAAAUUAAUCAUGGUGCCUGGAGCAAGACAGAAACCCAGAAAUUAAUCAAGGCUGUUGAAGAAGUGAUUCUGAAGAAAAUGUCUCCCCAGGAGCUAAAUGAGAUGGAUUCUAAAUUGCAGCUGAAUCCUGAAGGCCGCCUGUCAAUUGUUCGGGAGAAGCUCUACAAAGGCAUAUCCUGGGUAGAAGUGGAGGCUAGAGUGGAAACCAGGAAUUGGAUGCAGUGUAAAAGUAAGUGGACGGAAAUUCUAACCAAGAGAAUGACGAAUGGUCGGGACGUGUACCGUGGAGUGAAUGCUCUGCAGGCCAAGAUCAAUCUGAUCGAAAGGUUGUACGAAAUAAAUGUGCAAGAUGUUAAUGAAAUAGACUGGGAAGAUCUUGCUCGCAUCAUAGGGGAUGUUCCCCCGUCUUACGUCCAAAUGAAAUUUUAUAAGCUGAAAGCUACCUGCGUCCCCUUCUGGCAGAAGAAGACUUUCCCAGAGAUCAUAGACUACCUUUAUGAGACGAGUCUACCACUGCUUAAAGAGAAGUUGGAGAAGAUGAUGGAGAAAAGGGGGACUGAGAUCCAGGCUCCAGCAGCCCCUAAGCCCGUCUUCCUGUUUCGAGACAUCUUUUAUUAUGAUGAUGACGACAGUGAGGGAGAAGACAGAGAUGAAAAAAGUUAA